ACAUCUUAAUCUUUGUUGUUAAUUAAUAUUUAAAAAUGGGAUUAGGUCAAUCGUCAAAUUAUUUAAAUCACCCCGUCGAAUCGCUCACGCGCCCGCCAGUACUAGUGCACGCGUGGCUUUUUCCUUUUUACUCCUCUCAUCGUCUCACGUGCCGAUUCGGGCUUUUGUUUGCUGCUUUGGUGCUUCAAUUGCACCCUCUCUCCCCCAUCCGUCCCAUUCUCAUCACGUAACCCUAACCCUAAUCCAAACAUUUGUUUUCUCUAUUACACAUUUAUUUCAGUUUGAAAUUGUCAAUUCUUUACACCGUACUGUAAUGCGUUGUUCUUGCAUAUCCAACUUCGAGACUUCAAUCGUCUACUUCGACAAUGGAGGCGUUGAAGGAGAAUUUAGAAGAAAUAGAGAUUGGGAGCUCCGUCGAGUCGUUUCACAGGUUUCUGGGUUCGCAGAAGGAGCUUUUUCACAGUCAGAUCGAUCAACUUCAACGCAUCGUCGUCAAUCAAUGCAAACUCACUGGCGUUAAUCCUCUAUCUCAAGAGAUGGCAGCUGGCGCUAUGUCAAUAAAAAUCGGAAAAAGACCUAGAGAUUUGUUAAAUCCCAAGGCUAUAAAGUAUAUGCAAGCAGUUUUCUCCAUAAAAGAUGCAAUCAGCAAGAAGGAAUCUCGUGAGAUAAGUGCUCAAUUUGGCGUAACUGUCACGCAGGUUCGAGAUUUCUUUGCUAGCCAGCGUUCAAGAGUGAGGAAACUAGUCCAUUUAUCAAGAGAGAAAGCUGCUAGAACAAAUUCAUGUAAAGAGCCACAAGAUGGGGUCUCAGCGAGCUCUGAUCCUAUGAUUCCUAUUGAUCUGGCUCCAUUAAACUCUGUCCAUCCUGAUCCUGUUCCUUUAAACUCUGUCCAUCCUGAUCCUGUUCCUUUAAACUCUGUUGGUCCUGAUCUGAAUCCCAUAUACCCUGCUGGUCCUUCCAAUGCUGACGAAGCACCAUCUUGCUCAACACAGGGUGACGUAUUACCUGGAUUAAAUGACUCGGACAAACAUUUUGUUGAGAAUAUUUUCAUUUGGUUGAGAAAGGAAGAAACAUUCUCGGGGCAAGUGAAACUGAUGGAAUGGAUCUUGCAAAUACAAAAUCCCUCGGUGCUAAAUUGGUUUUUAACUAAAGGUGGUGUCAUGAUUUUGGCUACAUGGUUGAGUCAAGCAGCUGUUGAAGAACAAACAAGCAUUCUUCUUGUCGCCCUCAAGGUUCUUUGUCAUCUACCCUUGCAUAGAGCUCUUCCUGAACAUAUGUCCGCCAUACUGCACAGUGUUAAUAAACUGCGGUUUUACAGGACAUCAGACAUAUCAAACAGGGCAAGAGUUUUAUUGUCAAGAUGGAGCAAAAUAUUUGCAAGAGAAGCUAUGAAAAAGCCGAAUGGUGUGAAAUCUUCUAUUGAUGCGCAGGAGAUGAUACUGAAGCAGAGCAUUGAUGAAAUUAUGGGCAAUGAAUUAUGGCAGCCUAAUGUUGGUAAUCCUGAAGAUGUACUUGCUCUUUCUGAAAGUUCAGAAAAUACCAGGAAAAUAGAGCCUUCACAAACAUUGAAGCUGUUGACUGCAUCAACAGAUGAUUCAAGUAGGAAGCAUGCCCUAGGUGUAUCCCAUACCAGAGAACGCAGAAAAGUUCAGCUUGUGGAACAGCCAGGCCAGAAAACAGCUGGCAGAAGCCCCCAGGCCACAAAAGCAGUUUCUGUCAGUCAAAGUCGCCCAAUGUCUACUGAUGAUAUCCAAAAGGCAAAAAUGCGUGCUUUAUUCAUGCAGGGAAAGCAUGGGAAAACUGGUUCCUCAUCUAAUGGAGCUAAUAGUAUGAAGACAGAGAGUUCUAAUAAGCCUUCAAAUACUCCAUUCUGUAGUUUGAUCCCAGCAUCUAAAAUUCCUCCUCAGCCUAAGAUUGGGGAACCUGAAAAACCUGUAAUAGUUCCCCCAAAAAUUUCUGAUAAACAAGAAGGUCACCUGGAUCCAAAGCAUAAAAUGAAUUCAAAGGAGCCUUUGGGAGAAUUGUGCAGGAGGGUCCAGAUCCCUUGGCAGACACCAUCAGAAAUCAAACUGAACAGUCUCUGGAGAGUGGGCAUUGGUGAGAAUAGUAAAGAAGUUGAUGGUCAGAAAAACAGAAACCGUAGAGAGCUUGAAACCAUCUACAGGACAGCCCAGGAUAUACCAUCUAAUCCCAGGGAACCUUGGGACCGUGAGAUGGACUACGAUGACACAUUGACCCCAGAUAUCCCAAUUGAACAACCUCCUGAUGCUGAUGGUGCAGAAACACAGGUGUCACAUAAUGAAAAUACAGUAAACAACACAGUAGUUGCACAGGCACCCUCCUUGCCCCAAAUUAUUGGUGGGGGUGCUGCCGAGCCUGACCUUGAGUUGCUUGCUGUAUUGCUUAAAAAUCCGGAAUUGGUCAUUGCACUGACUUCUGGCCAAGCUGGUAAUUUAUCAACCGAGGAAACUGUGAAGCUGCUUGAUAUGAUCAAGAGGAAUGGGGCUGGUUUAGCAAGUUGUUUAAAUGGAUUUAGUGGAAAGAUAGAGGAGAGGGUUGAAGUUUCUCUUCCAUCGCCAACUCCCUCGAGCAAUUCUGGAACGAGUGGCUGGAGACCAGAAGAUGCCAAGAAUCCCUUUUCACAGCAAGGUUCAGGAGGGAACAGAAUUGCCUUUACCGAUCCGGGGGUUCCUACCUACAUUUCCACCGUAGAUAAGCUCACCGGCUUGGUGCAGUCUCAGAAUCAAGCAAGGAACAUUAGCAUGCCUCAACAGCAAGCAAGCCUGCAAUUACCACUCCAACACCAACAAGUAUAUGGAGCAAUUCCUCCCUUCUCGUGGCCUCAAACAACUUCCACUAUACCUGAGAACCGACAACCUUCUAUGGUUCUCCCGUCACAUCAGUCACUCCCUACUAAUUCUUCAAUAUUACAAACACCGGUUUCAGAAAUGGGCUUGGCCACGAAAAAUUUACCCGUUAUUAGCCCUAACUUACACAACUUCUCAGCCACAGCUGGGCCUUCAGUGCGGAUUGAAACUGUGAACAACGUUAAACCAGCUCCUAUUGUAUCUUUUGCAAUGAAUACUCCAGACAGACAAGCAGUUCCAUUUCCAAUGCCAAUAGCAACACCAACACCGGCUCAUUCACAUCCUCUCAUAUCCGAGCCAGCUCUUGUUCACUCUUCUAGGCCAUCUACAGGAAACAUGGGUUCAAUGCCCGAUUCCUGGAGAGGUAGGCAGGGAUUAGCUACCAGCUCGCCGUCUCAAGUUAAUCGAACCAAUUAUGAUGCAUCACUUAGGGGGCCUGUACAGCCUCACCUGCAGUCGGGUCCUCCCUGGGAAAGAAAUGAAUAUGCUGGUGAUGAGGGUUUUGAGUCUUGGAGUCCGGAGAAUAGUCCUGUUAGAUCACCGGAGUACAUGCAUGGAAGAAAUUAUCAGGGAUCCAGAAUGAAUCCAAGGUGGAAUUAUACUCCUGAUAAUAGGUCCAGGCAACGGAAUUAUUCUGGGAACCGGGACAAUAACCGGAACGGGAACGGAAACAGAAGGUGGCGUUAAAGGGAAAUGUACGAGGAUGGGAUUGAAAUUUUAGGCGUGAGAAUUGGGGUUUGGAACAAAGAGAGAGAGAAGAAGAGGUUGACAUUCCGCUGUAAUUGCAAUUGUUGGGAUGUGGACAUCUCUUCCCAUUGAUAUUGAGUUUUGACUAAAAGCAUCCAAUAGUCACGAAUUGAUGCCGUCUUUUCAUUUA